ACGACGACGACAAUGGCGAAGCCGUUUCUCCUCCUCGCCCUCUCCAUCGUCGUCUUCGCGUUGCUGUUCUCGGAGGCGUACAGCGAACAGGAAACGCGCUCCACCUACAUCGUCCACGUGUCCCCCGCCCACGCUCCGCCCCAGUCGUCGUCGUCUCCGGCGCUCCUCCGCCUCUCCGCCUCCUCCGGCCUCUGGCCGCUCUCCCACUUCGCCUCCUCCGCCGUCGUCGCCGUCCUCGACACCGGCAUCUGGCCCUCCCGCCCCUCCUUCUCCGACGCCGACUCCGCUCUCCCCCCUCCCCCCUCGUCGUGGCGCGGCUCCUGCGUCUCCGCCGCCUCCUUCAACGCCUCCGCCGCCUGCAACAACAAGCUCGUCGGCGCCCGCUUCUUCUACAAGGGCUACGAGGCCGCCAUGGGCCGCCCCAUCGACGAGUCCAGGGAGUCCAAGUCCCCCCUCGACACCGAGGGCCACGGCACCCACACCGCCUCCACCGCCGCCGGCGCCGCCGUCAAGGGCGCCGGAUUCUACGGCUACGCCCGCGGCGUCGCCCAGGGGGUCGCCACCGCCGCCCGCGUCGCCGCCUACAAGAUCUGCUGGGCCUCCGGCUGCUUCGACUCCGACAUCCUCGCCGCCAUGGACGCCGCCAUCGCCGACGGCGCCGACGUCAUCUCCCUCUCCGUCGGCGCCAACGGCUACGCCCCCCCCUUCCACCGCGACUCCAUCGCCAUCGGCGCGUUCGGCGCCGCCCGCCGCGGCGUCGUCGUCUCCUGCUCCGCCGGGAACUCCGGCCCCGGCGCCUACACCGCCGUCAACGUCGCGCCCUGGAUCCUCACCGUCGGCGCCUCCACCAUCGACCGCGAGUUCCCCGCCGACGCGGCGCUCGGCGACGGCUCCGCCUACGGCGGCGUCUCGCUCUACGCCGGCGAGCCCCUGAACGCCACGCUCCUGCCGCUCGUCUACGCGGGCGACUGCGGAUCGCGGCUGUGCAUUCCGGGCGCCCUCGACGCCGACAAGGUCGCGGGGAAGAUCGUGCUCUGCGACCGCGGCCUCAACGCGCGGGUGGAGAAGGGGAGCGCCGUCAAGAUCGCCGGCGGCGCCGCCAUGAUACUGGCGAACACGGAGGAGAACGGCGAGGAGCUCAUCGCCGACUCGCACCUCAUCCCCGCCACCAUGGUCGGCCAAAUCGCCGGGGACAAGAUCCGCAACUACAUCAAUUCGACGGCAUCCCCCACCGCCACCAUCGUGUUCCGCGGCACGGUCAUCGGUCCAUCCCCGCCGGCGCCCAAAGUGGCGUCCUUCUCCAGCCGCGGGCCCAACUACCGCGCCCACGAGAUCCUGAAGCCCGACGUCAUCGCGCCCGGGGUCAACAUUUUGGCCGCCUGGACCGGCGCCAGCAGCCCGACCGAUCUGGAUAUCGACCCCCGAAGGGUCGAAUUCAACAUCAUUUCCGGGACGUCCAUGGCGUGCCCCCACGUCAGCGGCAUCGCCGCUCUCCUCCACACGGCCCACCCCGAGUGGAGCCCCGCCGCCGUUAAGUCGGCCAUAAUGACCACGGCCUAUAAUCUCGACAAUUCAGGGGAGACCAUCAGGGAUCUUGCCACCGGGGAGGAAUCCACGCCGUUCGUUCGUGGGGCCGGUCAUGUAGAUCCCAACAGCGCGCUCGAUCCUGGCCUACUCUAUGAUGCACAGGUCGACGACUACAUCGCCUUCCUCUGCUCUAUCGGAUACACUGCCGACCAAAUCGCGGUGUUCACACGGGACGGAUCAACGGCUAAUUGUUCUACUACGACGCUGCCGAGCCCGGGAGACCUCAACUACCCGGCGUUCUCCGUGUUGUUCUCUUCUCACAGCGAUGUCGUCACGUACAGAAGAGUUGUCCGCAACGUCGGGAGCUCAGCCGACGCUGUAUACGAAGUUGCGGUCUCCGCCCCGCGGGGUGUGAACGUGACGGUGAGCCCGAGCAGGCUCGAGUUCAAUUCUGUCGGGCAGAGCUUGUCCUAUGAGGUCACGUUCGCUUCUGCUGCUAAUCCGGUGAUUGUCGGCGACAACUACGCAUUCGGGUCGAUCUUGUGGGCUGAUGGGUCGCACAAUGUGCGGAGCCCCGUGGCCGUCACAUGGCCGUCGAGUCUCGUUUCGUCAAGUUGAGCAGACUAAAUUUACUCAACAAAUGGAUCAAGUGUUUGGUAUGCAAGACGAAAGGUUUGGCAAGAUUCGAAUUUAAGGCGAAACAUGGGAGAUGAUGCUCUCUUUGGAUCAACAAAAGUUCAAUCAUGAAGUGGCCAACAUAUUCGCUAUCUGGAUUCUGGAAGAAUAGUUCUCAAAUACUCUCUUACACUGGAGAUCAAUGAUGAAUGUUUGAGUUGAACUGCACGCGGAGUAUUAGUUUGCACUUUUAAGCUUUCUUAUAUAUUUCGGAAAUAUAUGUAAUUUAAUGCAUAAAAUCACGCGGAGCGUUAGUUUGCACUUUUAAGCUUUCUUAUAUCGGAAAUAUAUGUAAUUUAAUGCAUAAAAUGCUUGAUUCGAACUGCACUCGGGGAGUUUGUUUGCAUGCUUAUGUUUACUUCUAUCUAAAUUAUAUGUAAUUUAGUGGCAAAAAUGUUAGCAGGUUUAAUAGGUGAAUGCUACUCGACGGAUUUCAUAA